CAUAAGAUAUUAACAGCAUGUUAGUUGCGUCUCCUUGAACUUACUCUGCACCUGCACGCACCUUCCUCUUCCUCCUCCUCCGAGUCUAUAACGGAAACGGAGCGUUUCAAUCGAAAGCAUCGUACCAUUAUAUGUGCUGUUUUCACUCUGCCAAUAACUAGAACCAGAACCAGAACCAGAGCUAGCAUUGUUUCCUCGCGUUCUCCGAAAUUCCAAUAACAACACCCAUAAUUCCCGUUCCUCUUCCCUUCCCCCAUUUUCUUCCCAAUUCAGCACUUCUUUCUACGUAGCUAGGGUUUCUGCCAAUGCUGCCGGAUUCCUCCGAGCAGGACCUCGACGAUCCUGACAUGGAAUUCGUCGAGGUGGAUCCCUCUGGUCGUUAUGGUCGGUACAAGGAAGUUUUAGGGAAAGGGGCUUUCAAGAAAGUAUAUCGAGCGUUUGAUGAAUUGGAAGGUAUUGAAGUGGCUUGGAAUCAGAUUAAGCUGGCGGAUGUGUUACGUAACUCUGAAGAUUUCGAGCGACUUUAUUCGGAGGUUCAUUUACUCAAGACUUUGAAGCAUAAGAAUAUAAUUAAGUUUUAUAACUCAUGGAUUGACUCCAAGAGCGAGAACAUCAACUUCAUUACUGAAAUUUUCACCUCAGGAACGUUGCGCCAAUACCGGAAGAAACAUAAGCAUGUUGAUUUGAGAGCUGUGAAGAAAUGGUCUAAGCAGAUUCUGGAAGGCCUUCACUAUCUUCACAGUAAUAAUCCUCCGAUCAUUCAUCGUGACCUGAAGUGUGAUAACAUUUUUGUCAAUGGGAAUCAAGGGGAGGUAAAAAUUGGUGAUUUAGGAUUGGCGGCUAUCCUCCAGCAGGCCAAUUCAGCUCACAGUGUCAUAGGAACUCCGGAGUUCAUGGCCCCAGAACUUUACGAAGAGGAAUACAACGAGCUUGUUGACAUCUAUGCUUUUGGUAUGUGCUUGCUAGAGUUGGUAACAGUUGAGUACCCGUAUGUUGAAUGUGCCAAUGCCGCUCAAAUAUACAAGAAAGUGACAUCUGGAAUAAAGCCAGCAUCAUUGGCAAAAGUGACAGAUCCUGAAGUUAAAGCAUUUAUUGAAAAGUGUAUUGCUCAUGUAUCUGAACGGUUGUCUGCGAAGGACCUCUUGAUGGAUCCCUUCCUUCAGUCAGAUUAUGAUAAUGAAAGUGUAGGCCGAUCUUCAAAAGCUCAAACCCAUCAUUUAGCAAAUAUUUCUCAUAAUCAAGCUAUUGUUGUGGAUACUUCUGCUGAGGCAAGUAGGGAAUUCACGGUGGAAGGUCAGAGGAGAGAUAAUAAUACAAUAUUUUUAAAAUUGAGAAUUGCAGAUUCCUCAGGUCAUAUUCGCAAUAUCCACUUUCCUUUUGAUAUCGAAGCAGACACUUCAACCUCUGUUGCCAGUGAAAUGGUUGAGGAGUUGGAACUAACUGAUCAAGAUGUUACAACUAUUGCUAGGAUGAUUGACUCUGAAAUUCGGUUUCACAUUCCUAGUUGGAACGUCAGUGAACUUCCUGUUGACAGUUAUAGUCAAGAUUCAGGCUAUACCUCUGAAAGUAGGCCAGAGGCCUCUCCUAUGAAACACGAUUCCAUUACUUCUCCUGGCAGUCUUGCAUUAGAAAUAUUACCUUCAGGUCGAAAGUUCUGGUCUGACUCGCCAAAGGGAGUUGGUGGAAACUCUCCAUAUCGUGCUGGUUCUUCAAACUUUUGUUCUGCUGCAGAUGCAAACGCUGCGGAUGGUAGUCUGGCCGCGAAUGGUGAUAUUUCAGCAGAUGAUCGUGUUGGUGAUUGUAGUGAUGAGAAGGUGUGUGAUGAGAUUGUUGAUUCCCCUUCCAGUGAAAAAAGUAUUAAAUCAGGUGCAACCAGUGAAAAAUCUGCUGUGAAUGUAAUAUCUGGAACCGUGAAAGAUUCAGAAGCAGAAUACAUCAAUCUCAUAGCAACAAAACUGGAGAAUUUGUUGGUUAAACAAAGAGAGGAGUUAGAUGAAUUAAAGAGGAAGCACAAAUUAGCUGUCUCAGAUCUUUUGAAGGAACUUUCUCCAGAAAUUAGCCAGAAGGUUCUAAAUAUAUGCAACCUACAGAUGCCUGGCGGUGAAGUGAAGGGAGAGGCUCGCGCUUCAUUCAUCUAAAUACCCCGUUUGUAAAGUUUAUGGUAGUCGCGGGUUCAGAAUCUAGAAAAAGCCAAAGCUCAAUUUAGGAUUGAAAUUAAGUAGCGAUCAUGUUUGUUGCUUAGAACCUGCAUACUGUUAAUAUUUUGGUUUUCAUAAUUGAUAGAGGAUAAUUUUUUAAUGCUUUUAGUGUCCUUGGUAUACAAUGUGAAGAGGAAAUGCAGUUGGAGUUGGUUUAUAACUAGGGAGUGAUCUGUGCAGUCCUUGGGGAAUGGCUCAACGUGGUCUCCAACUUGGAGGACUCAAUGCUAUUGCUGCAUUUACCCAACAAACAUGGGUUAAAGUAAGAAAUUAGUUUCUAUAGGUCAUGAAACAGGAUUAUAUCAAUUUAAUAUCUCAUCUGUAAAUAGUCUGAUACAAUAAAUUAAACCAUAGAAAAUUUAUACUUGUACAU